UGUCCGACAUGGCGGCCUCCGAGAGAGGAGAUGCUGAGGUAGAGGAGGCUGGGCAGGUCUUCCUUUUGAUGAAGAAAGACUAUAGGAUUUCACGCAAUGUACGCCUAGCCUGGUUUCUCAAUCAUUUGCAUCAAGUUAUUUUGGCAGUGCCUGAAUCAGAGUUGGUGAAAUCAGACAGUGAGUUGGAUAUUCUCAGCAUACUACCAAAUAGCUGGCAGCCUGAUGAGCCAGUGCAGCCCAGGCCUUACCUUCUGGUGCCUUCUACAAAAGUCACCUUCCUUGCACGCCAGUACCGUUUUGUGAUUGAACUAGACUUGAGUCCGUCUACAGGGAUUGUGGAUGAUUCUACAGGGGAGAUAAUUUUUGAUGAAGUAUUCUAUGCCCUUUCUCGAUGCUUAGUGGGGUUGUUGAAACCCUUUCGAAUCCCAGGCUCAGAUAUUAUCUACCAACCUGAGAUCUUUAUUACUAUCCAAGCAUAUUCUUCCAUCAUUGGCCUACCGACACACCAGGUACUAUUCCAGGGUUGUCAGUUGGAUGAAACUAAAACGGAGAGUUUCCUGCAGCAAGUUUACAGACAGCUGUGUGCUUUUGAAAACAAAGUAGCUGAGAUGCUCCAGCAACAGUAUGAGCCCAAAACUCAGGUGGACUUGUCAUCUCUUAACCAGGAGCGUUUAUGUGAUCCCCAGGAGCCCUCAGGGAGGAAGUUGGGAGUGUCCAUGGUCACUGCUGAUGUAGGACUUGUCAGCAUGAUUCGACAGGGAAUUCUGGCGUUGCAGCUGUUGCCCUGUAACUCCAGUGCAGGUAUUAUUGUGAUCACAGAUGGCGUCACCAGUGUCCCGGAUGUGGCUGUCUGUGAGAUGCUGCUCAACCAACUGCGCAGUGGCACUGUGGCUUGUUCCUUUGUUCAGGUGGGAGGAGUCUACUCCUAUGACUGCAGUUUUGGACAUGUUCCCAACGUGGAACUCAUGAAGUUCAUUGCCAUGGCAACAUUUGGCACAUAUCUUUCGACAUGCCCUGAGGUGGAGCCUUCUAGUUUGGACUUGAAUGUAUAUCACAAGGCUUUUCUACUGUACUCCUUUCUGCGCAGUGGGGAAUCCCUGAAUCCUGAAUAUUACUGUGUGUCCCAGCACAGACUGUUCAAUGAACACCUGGUUUCUGCAAGCAGCAACCCUGCCCUGGCUAUGAGGCGGAAGAAGCACACCGAAAAAGAAGUGCACGCUGACCUUAUCAGCACAAUCUCUGUCCGGCUACGAGAGGGUUAUAGUAUUCGGGAGGUCAACAUUACAAAAGGUGGUACUCAGCUGGAAGUGAAGCUGGUCCUGCUGUGGAAGCACAAUAUGAGGAUUGAGUACCUGGCAGUGUCUCCAUGGCCUCUAGAUCCUUCCAAACGUAGCACAUGGGUGGAAGUGACUAUGGAAGGCAGCUAUGAUAUCCUGCAUGACAUCAGCUGCACCAUGAGGAAGCCCAUCACUAGCCUGUACCGCACAACUGUGAUUCGUCGCUUCUGGAACACCCUUCAGAGCAUCAACCAAACUGACCAGAUGCUGGUUCAUCUGCAGUCUUUUGAUAAUGUCCCAGAGCACUUCACCAUCCCUGAAAGCACCAGAAACGGGGUGCCAUUGUUCUACAUUCCUCCGGGAUCCACCACGCCGGUACUGUCAUUGCAGCACAGCAGCUCAGACUCCAGUCACUCACAGUUUGCUGCUUAUUGGAAGCCCAUCCUUUCCAUGGACGCCAAUUUCUGGCAGCGGUGGCUGCACAUGCACCGCAUUGUUAUUCUCUUGGAGCAUGACAUGCCAGUUCCAAAGCAUUUGCACACCCCAGGCAGCAAUGGCCGCUAUAGCACUGUCCAGUGCCGCAUCUCGCACUCAGCGCUAACUUCUUUGCUGCGUGACUGGAGUAGCUUUGUGUUGGUGGAAGGCUACUCGUACGUCAAGCUCAAUCGCAGCUCAGAGGAUCUGCCUCCUUUUUCAUUUUAUGUGGUACGGAUAAUUUCCAAAGCCCCCUGCAUGGUUCUUCGGCUGGGAUUCCCCAUUGGGACACUUGCAAAGAUCAGGAACAAAAUAGUGGAAGAAUUGCGAGAUCGUAUCCUGCAGCUGCGCUUCCCCCACCGAGUUCAAAGCAAGGAGGCCACUCCGAAAGUGAAGAGGAAGGUCCUGGGCAGCAGCUCCCCAUCAAAAUCGCCUCCUGUGCCUGGGGCCCAACCCACACUGUCAGACAGGCCUUGCCUUAUAGUGCUGCACAAGCCUCUGGAGAAGCUCCUCAUCAGGUAUGAGAAGCUACCCUCGGACUACCGUGUUCCAUGCCUCUUACCCCUGGAGAAUCCCCCCAUGUCAGGUCCGCUUACCAUGGUAGCCAACCGCACAGCUUCCUCCACACUGGCCUCCUUGUCUCGCUAUUUCUAUCACCAGCGCUGGAUCUGGUGUGUGCAGUCAGGGCUGGUACCUGCCUUGCCCAUCACAGCUGUGGCACAGUUGUUGUCCACUCUUACAGAGGUUCGUCUGUCCGAGGGCUUUCAUUUUGCAUCCAGUGGCGAUGGGAUUAUCAACAUGGUGCUGGAGCUCCCUAUGCGGAGCAAUUCCUCAAGAGAACAUGGCAGUGAGACACUCACUUGCAUUGUCCAAUAUGUGCUGUUUCCACCCCAUUCCACUUCUACUAAAGACAGUUUCUCCACAGACGAUGACAAUGACACAGAGGUAGAGGCCAUUGAGGUGGACAUGGAGCUGAACCUUGUCACAGAGUGCUGGGUGGAGCCACAGAGCGGCUAUGUGGACACUUCAUCAGACAGCUGGCAGCACCUGCAGGGCCUGUCUUACCAGAAAAUCCCCAAAGCGCUUUUCCCCCGAGACCUGAUGUGCAUCCACACCAUCCUUGCCUUUGAGUACAUCAGCCAGCUGUGCCAGAACAAGGACUGGGUCUUCCCAGGAUGUGACCCCAAGGCUACCUCUGAAGGUUGUGACCCUGGAAGUGGUUCCCGUGUGCAUGAGGUUCCUUUCCACUUUGCCCUCAUGAAGCUGCUACCCAAAUGUCAGCAGAUUGAAAUGUUCUUCCUGAUGCUGACAGAAGCAGAUGAUGAGGGGACCACAAAGGACUCUUCUUUCCUGCCUAACGAAAUGCUUCUCAGCCUCUUUCAUGGCUGCCUCCAGCACGACCUCAGCGACAGGGAAAUUGCGUUGUCAGGCACAGAUCAUGUAACUUUCAUGAAGCAGGUGUUGCAGCGGGACCGAGAUGGCCACCCACCUCCGUUCAUGCUCCCAGUGAUCCAAGACCCUCUGAAAGCCCCCACAUCCUUGGAGCAGCAAGGUCCCACCAGCACUUACCACUCUGUUGGCAACAAGGAUAUGGCCACUUCUACAAAUGCCCAGCAGACUCCAAACAAUACGGAGGGGUCAGGCGAUGAUAUCUCAGCAGCAGGGGUGUCUGAAAACCUCUUCCCGCAGUGGCGAUGCUAUGCUAAGCUGGCCAACCCCCAGCAUCUUUUCCUCACCUUUCUACCAGCUACAUUCUCAGACAUACAGAGAUUGAUAGCUUGUGAGUCAGAAAACACCUCAAAAGAAGCAGAAUCAACACCUUCCCAAGGCGAGCAGGAGCUGGAGACUGCAGGGCUACUUCCAACUGUCAGUGUCACACCAGCCAAUGGGGGUGUCUUGUCAACAGAAAUUGGCCAUGAGGUUGGAUAUGCAGAUGCUGCACCAAGGAGAGAAGCACGUAUCUCCUUCAGCCACCAGGUGUCUCAACCUGACAUCAGCGAGAGCUGCCGAGUCUGCUGCCCUGUCUAUGUCUACAGCUGCUCCUUGGAGCUGCUGCGAGAACAGAUGUUCACUCCCAAGCCAGAUAAACCUCUGCGGGAUAUCUUUUUCAGAAGCCAGUCUGUGGAGCGCCCCACCAGUGCUCCUUGGCUAGAUCCCAAGCACAAGGAACUGGUGAGUUACUGCACCAUGCUGCAAGAACAUUCCCACCAGUGCUACGUGAAAGGACUGUUCCAGAGUCUGCAGCAGGGCCACAGCAUCAGCUGCCCCGACUUGCUCAUAGCCGUGGAUUAUUGCGAGGAGCUUCUUCAAGAGAUAGACAUCACAAGCUUCCUGCUGACCCUGUGCAGCCACGUGCGCUUCUUCUGUGAGCGCCACCAUCACCUGCCCACCAGUUUAGAAAGAGAAACCACGCAAGCCUCCCAGGUGCGGGGUGUGCUAGUCUCUGUCUCCAGUGCUGAGACAGAGGAUUUCAGCGAGCAAGAUUUCCAUGUCUCUUCCUGCCCAGCCCAAGAGCCCAAGCAGAGCUGCUGUCCCGAGUUUCCCCUUUCACUACUGGAGAGCAGCCAGCCCUGCCAGGCGCACCCUGACUUGCACAGGAUCAUCCAGGAGAAAUUCUCGGAGAUCGGUAGUUUGCAUUUUAAGCCAGUGCCAUCCAAUCCGCAUUAUUUCUUCUACUGUCCUCCUUCAGCUAAAAAAGAGGAGGAACUGUCUCGGGACCAUGCAGAUAGGAAAGGCAGUGAAGAUGUGGAGAGUUCAGAAACGGAUCUUGCAGCUGAUGAAGGGAAUGCGUCUGCCUGUGGCAUUGGCACUGAGAGCGACCCAGAACUGGAGGUGGAAUAUCGGGACCGGCUGGACCAUGAGUUUCUAGAAGCGGAUUCCCUGUCAGACACCAACACGGUUAACCAAGAUGAGGACUCAUUCAGUGUGCUGGGAGACUCUCUAGCAGAGCAAGAACUACUCGAGCAGGACAUGCCACCCCUCUUUGUGCACCUGACGUGCUCUGUGAAGCUGCGCAAUCAGCACAGUUCUGUGCCUGUUCGCUCGCUGCCCACAUGCUUGGGAGAGGUGCUAGGCUGCCUUGAGAGCUGUAAGGCAAUGCACACCAUUGACCUCUGUGACCUCUGUGUGACCCUGGACAUUUUUGUUCUGACCCUUCCGCUGGAGAUCGAAAUGGUGAACGACUUGCAUCAUAAUAGGUAUACAUCUGAGAGCAGUGCCUCCUUCACCCGUUCCCCAGGUCGGCCCUCCUCUUUCCGCUCUGAUGAGGAGCUUAUACACAACUUGGACAGGCUACCAUCAACUGUGGAUGAUGGGCAUCCAGCACUCUCUAACCUUCCCAGAGUGCACAGGCAAGCUGUUGAAGCCACCAUGACAGAGAUCCGCUGGCUAUUGGAUGAUGAAAUUGUGUCAGCAUUGUGCCACUCACGCCCAAUCACCGCUGAUAUCUUGAGCCGGGUGGCUUCACAUGUUUACAGUUCCCAAGGCCGCCCAAGCUGCCACUGCGAGGCUGUCCCCUUGCAGUUUGUGUUUGGUCCUGAGAGUUCUCUCGAAAGGUUUCGUGAGGAGUUCCAGAGAAUGACCCUACCAGGCUAUGUGCUCAAUGCUGAGGGGAAUGAUUUCUACUAUGUUUCCGUCAGUCGUCUGCCUGCCUCAGUAGGUGGGCCCAGCCCUCCAGCGACACUUGCAAGCACCAUGACAGGAGGCAGGUGUGAUAGCAGCAACAGGACAGAAGACUCCUUGCCAUGUACCACUCCCCCUGAGGAGGCUCAUGGUCCUUGGGCAUGGCCAGCAAGUGAAAGCAGGACUGGAUUGGAGUCAGGAGAAUUACUGGGGAUGAGUAGCCAAGCGUAUGGUGAGCUGUCAGAGGACGUUUCAAGACUGGAGCAGGCCAGUACUUCAGAGCGUGGCUCUCUGGACGAGGAGUCUACUUUGACCCAGCCACAGGCCUUGGCUUGCUCCUCGGAGAAGUGUAACAAUGAGAAAUCACCCUCAGCAACACCAUCUGUUGCGAGUCUGACAGAGUCUGUGACCACAGGCAGGGAAGGUUGUGGGAAGCAGCAUCCCAGUCGGGUGCACAGCCUGGUGUCCAGUCAAGGUAGCAUGGAUUCUGAUCUCCUAGGGUAUGAUGGUGGCAGCAGCGAUUCUGAAUGUGAGGAGGCAAUGAUGAGUGACCUGGAAUCCAAGUGCCCUCUCAUGCCUGACUUCUGGCUGAUCAUAAAAAUCUACCAGGAUCGGGUGGAAGUCUGUUCUCACACACGCAGCUUGAGUGCAGUGAAAUCAGCCCUGAAUGAGGAAGGGGAGUGUGUACAUCUUCACCGUAGUGUGGUGAAGAAAGUUGGCGAGAUCUGCCGCAUUGUUAAUCAGCGGCUGUUGCUACAGGAUCUGCAUGACAGUCACAUUUGUAAUUCUCUGUUGGUUGCUGAGAGUGAGGAGGACAUCUGGAAAAGCGAGACACCAUAUACCUACCGGCAACGCACUGGGCCUGAUGAUUACCCUGGAGAGGAAAGCUACCAGCCUCGUGACUACCUGGCGGCCACCAUGCAGUUUAUGCCCGGACACUUUGCAUGCGAUGCCGUCUGGAGCACCAUUAUCCACGUACACUCGCGGCUCAAGAUGGGGCCCAACAUGGGUGUUGCGCGUGCCAUCCAAGCCCUGCGCUCCGUGCUCAAUGCCUUCUCAGUUGUUAACAGAAAGAAUAUGUUCGUUUAUCAGGAGCGUUCAACCAAGUCCGUUUUCUACUUGCGGCUCUCUGAAACCACCUCUAGUGGAAAGAGCGGGGAAGGGGAGAUCGUCCUGAGUCUUGCCUGCCGUUCACUGGCACUUUCACGCAGCCAGGAGCCCAUAUAUAUUGAGGACCUGAGUGGUUCUCACUCCUCCUUGGACACAGCCUCUUGCCGCAGUGUGGAUUCAGCCCGUCCUGUCAGCCAAGUGGACAGACACAUCCAGCUGGUAGUUCACGGAGUGGCACAGGCAGGACCGGAGAUCACAGAUGAGCUGGUAAAAGUUCUACGCAGGCGCUUGGAUGAGGCCACCCUGGAUAUCAUCACAGUCAUGCUCGUGCGGAAUUGCAAGCUCACCCCAGCCGAUGUGGAGUUCAUACAGCCCCCAGGCAGCCCACCCACUGAAGUGCUGCAGUUUGCUCUCCCCCCGUCCUGCCUGCCCUGGCUCCCAGCCGUGGCUUGCUACUUACGUCAGAACCUGCUGAUCUUCCUGCACACACCCAAGUAUACAGACAGCAAUGUGGAGAACCACUUCAAGCACUAUUUCCACCAGAACAGCAGUGGCCCUGACCUGGAUCUCUACCUGUACAAUAAACCUGGAGGCCAAGGCACUGGUGGCAAAGGGAUCGCAUGCAUCGCCCUGUCUUUUGUGGACAGCCACGGAAAUCCCAUCACAUUCGCUCGAUGGGUGAGGCCACCCACUACCCUGCUGAGUACAUCGUUCCUUCAGGAGGCAGAUUUUGAGAGUUUGACUGCUGUCAGCCAGUACCAGGCUGAGCCCGGCACAUCACAGCCAGCAAUCUGUCCUCUGGUGCGGCUGGAUAUCUGGGAAAAGGGCAACAUCAGCCUGCUGCAGCUGUCUGAGAGGCUGCGCAGUACUGUGCGCCAUGCCCUGUGUGAUGCUGUCAUGGAAUUCCGUGUCCUUCUCAACCCACUGUGCAUGGAGCCUUCCACGGAGCUAGAGGAUCCAGGCAGUAGUGGAAACCUGUGCAGGAUGAUGACAGAGAUGAAGGGGCAGACCCAGCCUGCUGGGGGCAGAGUGUGUCCUCACCCUCUGCAUUUCACUGUGCCUACAGCGGUCGCUGGCGAGCCCAUUACAUCCACCAGUAAGAUGGGCCGGCGCAGCUUCUGGGACAUGCUGAGUAAACCAGAGAUGGUGGAGCAAGGAAGCCCCAAGACCACAGACGACAUUGUGCUGGAGCGGCCCGAAGAGAGUCGCACCCGCCGUCGCCACAAGACUGAGAAUGUAAAGCAGCCCUCGAGCCAGGAGCGCGUUGCAGCUGCUGUGGAGCAGGGGCUGGCCCAGAGACGUCGAACCUGCCAAUUGGAGGAAGGAGAUGCAGGAAUCCUGCACCCAGUUUUCAGUCAGACCUGCCAGUUCUGGAUGGCAUUCAUGAGCCGCCUAGGGUGUCCCUCUGUACAACAGUGUUCCUUGGAGAGUGUCUCUCGCUUCCUCCUCCCCUCCAUCCUACUAGAGGUGGUGAACCUAGUAACCACACUGGCAAAUGACACCUCCGUCAAAGUGUUUGAAAGAGUCAGCUGUCCCCAAGGGGUCUCCUUUGUGCCAUAUUCCCUGCCAGGCACCAGUGCCCGACCGGCUGUCAUUCGACACUUCACCAUGCUGGGACGUAGUUUCCACCAGUGGCAUCACAGCAUAGAUCAAGUCCUAAAGGGAUUCCAGCGGUUUGAGGCCACGGAGCUUGGCACUACAGAGAAAGGCGUUGAUGUGGUCCCUCGGCAAAGAUUCCUUUUCAUGGAGAUUGUGGACAAAAAGAUGGUUCUUUACACAUACAAUUGGUCCGUGGACCUGGGCAGCGCUCUGAGCAGCUCCCUCACGCGCUUGUUGCAGUGGCAGAACGCCCGUGCCCAUGUUGUGCACUGCCUGCUCAGCCAGAAGCUUGGUCUUUUCCAUCACUACUGCUACAUGGACACCCCAUGGCACGAGGACAGCAAGCAGGAGCAAAAUCCCUUUUUGAAUUCCACCCUGGAUGUGGAUACCCUGAUCCGCAGCUCCAGCGUCCCCCCGAGCAAAGAGCAAGGUCGGCUCAGCAGCUCCACACGUAUCCUGCCGCCCCUGCAUUUCCCUCCUUAUAUGGUUCCCUUUGACGAGGCCCUUCGUGAUGUCUCAGCCAACCGCCCCAUCCAUCACAGCCCAGAGCUGGGUGUCCUUGACCGCGUGGCCCAGCAUGGAGCUCAGUUCCUGGAGAUCAAGAGCACAGAGAGGAAAGAGCUGGAGAAGCAGAUGAAGAUCGAGAAUCUCUUUGUGACGUGGCAGCAGCGGUCUGCACAGUCCAACAUGCCCAUCAGCAUUGCAGAUUUGGAAACCCUGAAGCAGUCAUCGCGCUUGGUCCACUACUGUGCUACGCCGUUGCUCUUUGAUCCCACCUUCCGGCAGCAGAUUCAGGCUGACCAACAGGGCAAGCCAGAGGGAAAGAAGCGGCACCGUUCAAACGACUCCACUGCAUCCAGCAGGGACCGCAGCCACAGCUGCGACUCCACAGAGGGGCUGCCGUGUCGUACCAAGGACGAGGCCUGGCUGUUAGAGCUGUGCCACACUUUCCUGCAGCAGUAUAUCCAGUACCUGCAGAGCAUGGGCUUCAUCUUGGUGCAGGUGCGCCCAGCCUCACCCACCCGCAGCAGCACAAGUCGGAUCAGAGCUCUGGCAACAAUGGGGGGUGAAGGGCGAGGAUCCUUCUCGUACACCAGAGCAAAGACUGACGGGAGUCCAAAGAGCACCAGCCCUCCUGUCACUACGUACCACUUGCAAAGAGCUCUUCCUGGGGGCAUUGUGCUAAUGGAACUGGCUUUCCAGGGCUGUUAUUUCUGUGUGAAGCAGUAUGCACUGGAGUGCUCACGCAUCCCCAUGGGUCAGACCGUCAAUUCACAGCUCUCUAUGCUCUUCACGGAGGAGUGUGACAAGGUGCGUGAUCUCAUGCAUGUGCACUCGUUCAGCUAUGAUUUCCACCUGCGCAUUGUGCACCAGUACCUGCUUGGCUCCAACAUGGCACUGCGACAAGGCUACCACCUCACCGGAUUCCUGGAAGACUUCAUUGCCCAGCAUCCUGACAUCCCCAAGUUUGGACGCAACCACAUCUUCCAGGGUACACUGGCCUUGCCUACCAACACCAUCACAGCCCACCAGCUCUACAACUACAUAACGGACCAUGCCAGCACCUACCGGAUGAAGCCCCUACGCAUGGUCAGGCCAGGAACUGGCGCUGAGGGCAAGAAGGGAACCCCCAGCCCUGAGCACAAUGAGUACGCCCUCGUCUCUAUCUGGAACAGCUCUGGUUCCUACAAGGAUUCUGAGGGUCUGCGUCACCAUGAUGACUUUGAUGUAUCACUGCUCGUCUGCCACAGCGCGGCACCCUUUGAGGAGCAGAGCGAGGUCGAGCGACACAUGCUACGGUUGAACUUCUACGUGAUCAUGACAAGCCAACGGGAAUUGUUUCCACGGUUAACAGCUGAUAUGCGGCGUUUCAAAAAGCUGCCACGCCUGCAGCGGGAGCCACUAGAGCCGGUUCUAGGACGUGCAGCUUGGGAGACAGCAGAGGACGGAUGGCAGCGAAAGGAAGUACCAGAGCCCUGGGAGGAGGUGGAGAACAGUGGCGAGUUCUAUGCAGGGGGUCCACAGGUCAAGGUGGGCCCUGGGCUCUUCUACACAUCCCCACUCUUCCCACUGCUCACCUCCGAGGUGGCCGCCGCCCAGAAGCAUCUCAGUGACAUGGCGCAGCUGGCCAAGUGUCACUGCCGCCGUGACAGCCUCUGGAAGCGGCUCUUCCUCCUUGAGCCCCUUGCCUCUGACAAGCUCAAGUUGGGCAAGCUCUCCCUGGGUGAACUGGAGGAGCUGCUGGACGCUGUGCACAGGAAGUCCAUUGCGGACAUCGAUCCCCAGCUAAGCUGCUUUCUCACCAUGACUGUCUCCUGGUACCAAAGUCUCAUCAAGGUGCUGCUGAGUCGUUUCCCACAGAGCUGUCGCCAUUUCCAGAACACAGAUGCUGGCACCCAGUACCUGGUCGUGCUGAACCAGAAAUUCACAGACUGUUUUGUUCUUGUGUUUCUUGAUUCCCAUUCAGGAAAAACGAGCCUGACGGUGGUUUUUCGGGAGCCAUUUCCAGUGCAACCUCAGAACAGCGAGAGCCCAUUGCCUCAGCUCGUGUCCACAUACCACCAUCUGGAAUCUGUCAUAAACACAGCUUGCUUCAACCUCUGGACAGGGCUGCUGUAGUAUUGGUUGUCCCCUCUCAUUUGGGGCGUGCAGCACAGACCCAGCAACAGUGGAGCUGGAAC